AUGACUCGUCCGGCUGAGCAAAUUGAACGCACUGGGACGAUCGACUGGCCAAAGCUUGCAACCCUAGCAAUCUGGAUUUACAACUCGUCGCUGAAUAAAGAACUUAACGGCGGCUAUAAGGGCAUUCACUCUCAAGAGUUGUUUAUGUCAAUAGUAAUAAUUGCAUUUUCCAACUGUCUGACCACCUCGAUCGAAGUGGACACUCUCCAGGAUCCAGCUCAAACGGAAAUUCGAUUGAAAUCAAUUACACGGGAGAAGGCCACCGCAAAGUGGAAUCAUCUUUUCUCUCCCUUUUGUCUCAAAAAGGCGAAUAAGAUUGCUAGUUUUUAUCGCACCAGUAUGUACGGUGAGGUUGUGGAACAGUGGCUGAGAAGACUAUUCUACGACAUAAUGUUGGUUGAUGGCUCGGACACAAGGGCCCCAAUUACUCCCCUAAUGAAAACUUCCCUAACUACUUCUCCGAAUGUUCCCUUAUCGUACAAUACCUAUCACGACCAGCCUGAUCCCAAUGGCGCGGCCGGUUAUUCUCAGCAGUAUAAUACGGACCAGUAUCAAUCAACUGUAUACCCUCUAGUACCCCAUUCCUUCAAUACGAACAACGAUCGGAACUCGGAUGCGUCAUACCGUCCGCCACCUCUGACAGCGCAAACUUCAUGGGCUCCUACCUUCGAUGCUGCAUCAUCAUCGAGGCGGCUUGGAAAUACAAGGCAUAUGGGAGCUGAGGAAGGAUCGAGAGAUGGAUAUUGGGGGAGUUUAGGAUUACGCUCUAACUCGAUUAGUAGUAGCAUUACGGAUACCUCGAGCUUAAGUAGUCUAUCCAGUGGGGAUAGAGCUACCAACUUCCAUGAUCCCAACGCAUAUCCAAUGCAUUCGUACGACCCCGGCCUUUCACAAGGGUACCAAUAUCCGGGUGACGCAUACGCGUACCCAGCUCCUUACCUGUCAUUCACAAAUCCAUUUCCAGAAACCUACCCCACCAGCCA